AGAAACUUAAGCAGAACUAUUCGACCAUCUUCCUCUGAAACAUUUUGAUUGCCUUUUUGAUCAGUAGCCGCAGGAAGUCCCCAUUUUUCUAGCAAUGGGUUACGUACAGGAAGCACGUGAGAAUCACGUGAAGAAGAAAGUUGAAGAAGCUUUAAGGAGCAAAAUGAAGCAAAAGGCACUGAAAGAAUGUGAUCAUUACACUUCAAAGUAUGCUCAAUGUGCUGCCGGGAGGACUAUAUCUAUUGUAUGGCAAUGUCGUAAACAAGCUAAAGAAUUAAAUUAUUGUCUUCAUCAAUACACCAAUGAUGCUGUCUUGGAGGCAAUGAAGAGAGAAUACACGCUUCAGGAAAAUGAGAAAGGAUCUGCAAGAGUCUAAGCUCAUUCCGUUUGGUGGCUACAAUUCUGCAGAGGAGUCUUCAACGUACAACUUGUUUGUCUUAAUCCAUAUGCCUGCAUUGGACCUGCUAUUUUUUAUCCAAUCUGGCUUGUCUUGACAAAGAUGCAGUGCCAUGGGGCAAAUACCUUUUUUAUGUGGGAUUGGAGGCUUGAAUCUCCAAUAGUUGCAAAUACCUAAUGCAUUUGAAUCGUGGAUCUAUCUGGAAUUGCAGUUUGAGAUUUCAGGCUCUCCAAACCAAAUGUUGUUUGUUAGAGUAGAUAAGCAAACUAUUCAACUGAAAACCAUGCUUCCUAUGCUGAAUGAUUAACUUAUACCAAUCAUCUCUUUUUGGUUAAUUUAACAUUUAUUUUCAUACCA